AUGGAUGCAAAAAGUUUUCACUUUUCACAAGCUAUCAAUAAUUUACUGCAGUGUUCGCUCUUGUCAUUGGGCGGAAAGGUGAAGGAUGCGCACAAGAAAUCGUCGUUGCUAGUUCCUCAUCCAAACAAGAAAUCACUGGUCGGCGACUUGAACAGUCGCACCGGUAUCUUCUGGAGUUUCGUCUCCAUAUAA